AUGACUGUGCCUGUGUUGUCUGAUAUAAUUGUCCUCAGAUGUGUGAAUGCAUUGAGUUGGGCGAAAGAUGGACAGCUGCUUUUGAGUGGUGGCGAUGAUACAACCGUUCGUCUAUGGCGAAUAGACCAGGGCGAGACCGCUCAGCAAUACCCUUUCGUCUGCCAAGGCACUGUGCAAACUGGACACACGGGGAAUAUCUUCAAUGCUCAGAUGUUACCCUCUUCUAACCGAAUAGCGACAGUCGCCGGAGACAAACAAGUACGCGUGUUCGACGUCACCGACACCAUUUCACAGCCUGCAAACCCCCUGGAGGCCGAUCGGGGUACUCAGGCUUCACAUCUUCGAGUGCUGCGAUGUCAUGCAGGUCGCACCAAACGGAUUGUGACAGAACAUAGUUCAGAUCUGUUUCUUACUGUCGGGGAGGAUGGUACAGUGCGCCAGCACGACCUGCGAGUCCAUCACGUUUGUCGAUCGGGACGGUGUCCACCUCCUCUAGUCAAAGUCCCCCAUGAAUUAUCGACGCUUGCCCUGUCGCCAUUGACGCCGUAUGAAUUCGUGGUUGCGGGUGACUCACCCUAUGGCUAUCUCUUUGACCGUCGACAGACGGGCAGAUUCAUUCAAGAAGAGUGGGGAAUACUUCCUACUGGGGAUGAUGUAACAACCUGUGUUCGACGCUUUGGUAGAAAGUCCAUGGGACCCGGCGAGCGGAAAGGCCAUGAGCAUGUUACGGGCGCUCGUAUGUCAACGAGGAACGGUCACGAGGUUCUUCUGUCUUAUAGCGCCGAUGCGGUGUACCUCUAUUCGACUCGGGACGAUGUUGUCGAUUCUUCAGGAUCUUCGACCCCACCCGCCGUUGUAGCUCCUAAUACCAAACACAAAGUUCAGGUGGCCAACCAACCUUCCGAGGAUCUUAUGGAAGGGAUCGAGUCCGAGUGGUCUGCCAGCGAUGCAGAUGUGGUUGAUUCCGACCCAGAAAUCCAAGGGAACUCAUCUUCCGGUGAUCAGACAGACAUCUUUGAAGAUAUCGAAGAAUCCAUAAAUGACGGGAUCCCGGUAUUGCAUGGAACCCUCCCUGUAAUCUACCCUCGGAUGUGCUUCGCGGGAGCAUGUAAUGUGCAAACUGUCAAAGAUGUGAACUUCUUUGGUCCUUCAGACGAGUUCGUCGUCUCAGGAUCGGAUGAUGGUAAUUUCUUCGUAUGGAGAAAGACCACAGGCGCAUUGCACGGGGUGUACGAAGGCGAUGGAAGUGUCGUCAAUGUUAUUGAAAGCCACCCGCAUCUUCCUUUGGUCGCUGUUAGUGGCAUCGACACGACAGUGAAGCUGUUCGCACCUGUGCAACACUCGAGUAAAUUCUCGAGAAUGAGUGACGCUGAGAGCAUCGUGUCUCGAAACCUGGAAGCCGCUUCCCGGGAGGAGAACGAAUACUCAGCAUUGUUCAACCAUUAUCGGUUGAUGCUUGGGGAACUCGGGCGCCAUUAUGGCGAAGAAGGGCAGCCCGGGUGUACGUUCCAGUGA